AUGGCUCCCACCAAGCGCUCCUCCGGUUCAGCACCUCUUGCCCCAAAGCGCCCACGACUCCCAAAACGACCUGAAGAACAUGAAGAUUUACUGACUGACGAGUCUGAAAUAUCUUACCGAACAUUGACUCCACUGCCAGCCCGCACUCGGAGUAGUCAAUCGACCACCGCCGCUCAAAUAACUCGGAAAGGUCUUCUCCGUUCCUCCGAAACCCCCACUGGGAGGAGCAGUCCUAGGAGGGUAGAAUUUCAUCUCCCCGAGGAUCAUACUGAUAAUUUUGAAGCGCAGGAGGAGCCUGAGGCAAUUGAGGCGCCAGAGGCAAUUGAGGCGCCAGAGGUGGAAGAAAUAGUUGAUACUAGCCACUCAGACUAUGAUGAUGCUCCGGAGAAUGACCACGAGAGCUCUGAGGAGGAUGAGGAUGAACCUCAAGCCCCCCCCCCAUCUUACACCCAGAAGUCUCAGACUGUCGGAAAGAGACCUCAUACAGUUCAGCCGACUACUGCCAGAGCACUGGGCAAUGCUCGGAGGAAACCAACUGGCGCGGUAGCGGAGGUCAUUGCUUCUUCCAACGUGUGGUGGACGUGGUACAGGUUCGACUCUAUCUCGCUCAUUGAUGCUUUUUAA